GAAUACUGUAACCAUUGUCAUUUUACAACCUAUUUUCUAGAAAGGGAAGAAGGGACUAAACAGAUAUAUAUCGAAUCGACAAUCCAGAAAAGUGAAUCACUUGAGGGUGUCGCAUUCGGAGUCACCAGUUUGGGGGAAGUCCCUAAAUCAGAAACACAGUUUGAAAAGGGAAUUUCCCUAAUUAAUGAUUCAUGAGUCUAGUGCCAGUGGGUUUUAAAGUCAUGUCAUAUCCGGUGACAGCUCACUUGCUUGGGAAAAGAGAAGAGUUCGUAUUGAAUGAGCAUAAAAUCUUAUUUACUGUCCAUGCAUGGCAUAGCCCGAUCUUUGCAGAAUUAGAUUAUCAUAUUCAAAGUCGAGUAACUAUGUACUAGAACUACUAAAUGGUGGGGUCGAAAAAGAUUACAACUGUGGAAAACGACCUAUGCGAAGCAAAGCAGGAGGCGAAACAUAAUGAAAAUCUUCGGGCGGCAAUAGACAGCAAGACCGAAGAUGUCGAGCGAGAGGUAGAAGAAAACUCAAGGCAAAUUCGACAGAUCUUGAAUGCAACUGAUCAUGCACAUACGAACGAUGGUCCCGAAGUACAUCAAGAUAUCAGAAAAGAAGUAGAAGAUCAAAGAACAAGACUUGAUGCUGGGGUACUAUCAAUCCACCAAAAUGCCCCAACAGGACAAGUAGCAACUGCAAGCGGAGGCGGCGUUAAUGUCGACCAAAAUCCAUCCGACAUUGAAAAACAUGCAAAUGACAACGCGGAUGAGGACGAUGACCAGAUCCCGUUUUCUGUAAUGUGUUCUAGUGAUGAAGAGCAGCAAAGUUUCAAUGAAGAGGCUUCCAAAAAAGAACCUGAGGUUGGGAAUGAAGCUAUAAAGAGACAGUUAGAUCGUCAUGAAGCCUUUCUAUCUGACCAGAAAAGAAAAGUCUCCUCGCUUCAUCACGGCCACGAUGGCACAUAUAUUUGGAAAAUUUACGACUUCAGUCGAAGGCAACAAGAGGCUGCCGCUGGGAAUACACUGUCCGUAUGUAGUCCCAAAUUCAGGGUUGGCCGUUUUGGAUACACGUUUUGUGUCGUUCUUUACCCUAACGGCGAAUCAACUGGAACUGGAACUCACCUUUCACUGUCCUUUGUAAUCAUGAAAGGUGAUGGUGACAAUUUUGUCCCGUGGCCUUUCCGUCAAGAGGUUACCUUUGAAUUGCUGGAUCCUCAAGAUGAUCGAAAUACCGUUACAGAUUCUUUUUGUCCAGAUCCCAACAGUUCCAGCUUCCAAAAGCCAACAUCAAGCAUGAAUAUAGCUCGUGGGUGUCCGAGGUUUGUUUCCCAGGAAAACCUUCAAAAAGGAUCGUCGUACAUUGAUGACGAUACCAUUUAUAUUAAAAUAAAAAUAGAUACAUCAGGUCUUUAGGCUUUCAAAACGUCAGACUGAGAAGGAUUUAUCAAGGCAGCCAUGUUGACUCUACUGUUUCAUUGGUGUUUAUUGUUUAUUCAAAUACAAAAUGGUCGCCGAUAUUUUGAAUCCCAAGAAGAUACCUGAUUUGUAUCUAUUAUAACACACUACAUUAGUGUCCUACAUAAAACUAAUCUGAAUAACUUUAAUUUUUAUUUUUUAGUCAUUUAUUUCGGAAACGUACUCAGAAAUACAUGGAUGUUCGCUCUCUAGAGUUCUAUGGAGCGUUCGGAGCCUAAUGCACCCGCAUUAAAAUAGGCUUAGCGUCCUGUCCGUAUUAAGUCGCUAGGAAAACAAUGAGAAAAAGUAAAACAACUAUUAAUUUUAUGGGCGUUGCCUAGUGCUGGAAUGGUGUGCUGUUGAGAGAACUCGCAACGCACCAAGUCAAAACGGACAGGUACUAAACCAAAUUGUUUGACAACACUUAUCCGUAUUCGCAGUCUGUUCAAGCAGACUGCUAAUCUGGAUUACGUGUGAAAGCAAUCAGAUGCGGGACAAAGAUUUCUGGCUACAUGUGGACAAGGAUGAAAAAAACCUUUUUUCAUCCAGUAGUAGUAAAUUUGGAUCACUGGUAUACAUUCUACGAACAUGAAGUGGUUUAAGGGCUUCAAAUGUUACUUGGGUUUUUAAAGCCAUUCAGUCAUUGAGUUUUUUUUAACUCGGCUUCGCCUCGGACUAAAACAACGGUCACUGAAAAUGCUAACAAUUCUUAUUGUUAGCCUUGAAAUAGUUCAAGGUUGUUCGUUCUACAUGUAUCAGGACGUUAUUUUCAAAUCGACAACGUACAUGUUAGUCUCCUCGCAAAACACGGCUGCGAGCAGACUACGUACACGUAGCAGUAACUUAUACAGCGGUAUAUUUAAUCGAAGUAAGAUUGAUCCAGUCCUUACACUCACUUACAUUCAAUUUACUAACUACCUUUGAUGUUAAUAUCUUGUACAACAGCUUGGUAUUUAAGAGAGUAAGUGUUGCUAUUUAUGCAAUUUUUGAGAAAUGCUAGCUAUAUUAUACCAUUACGUUUCGCUGCCGGCAUAUGCAACCAUUAAAUCGUCAUUAUCAUUUAAGUUUGUCGAGGCUCAAGUUUGUUUAGAUAAAUUAAAUACUCUUGUCUCAGUCGAUUUAUUUGAAAACUGACUUGAUAUAAAUGCUGUUAUGUCGGCAACGAAAAGUAGUUUUAUAUUUAUUGGCAUUCAGUAUAAAUAGCUUUGAUGAAUAUAUUGGCCAAACUAUAUUCUAUAUAAACGAGGGAUUAUAGUUUACAAGAAUAAAAUAUAUUUUCCCUAA